AUGAAGCUGAUUUGGCCUACGUCUCUUCUCUUUACGGCCCUGGUGGCAGCCGAACCGUACCUUCUAUUCAGUUCCGGUACAAGUGAGUACCAACUCGCGAGUAACACAACUGCACCAGCUGUAUGGGUCGCGCAGAAUGAGCCUGUUGGGGUUCUCCGAGCCGCACACGAUUUGGCCAAUGACUUUGGCCGCGUGCUCGGUGUCAACGGAACCGUUAAUGUCUUCGAUACCGACAUCUCGGAGUCCCCUGGGAAGGCUGUCAUCAUCACCGGAACGGUGGGACAGUCUACUCCCAUCGACCAGCUAGUUUCCGACGGGAAGCUCGACGUAUCUCUGAUUGAGGGCAAAUGGGAAUCAUACGUCUCCCGGAUCGUCGAGAACCCCUUCCCCAAUGUUACAUGGUCCCUCGUCGUAGCUGGCAGUGACAGGCGGGGCACAAUCUAUGGUCUGUACGACAUUUCUGAGCAGAUGGGGGUUUCGCCGUGGUACUGGUGGGCGGACGUCCCCGUGAAGACUAAGACCGGCAUCUGGGUCGCGCCGGAGGGCACGUUCCAGAAAUCCCCAUCCGUUAAAUAUCGCGGGUUCUUUAUCAACGAUGAGUCGCCGGCGCUAUCAGGUUGGGUUGCCGAGAACUUUGGGACUAAGUUUAAUAGCGCCUUCUAUCGGCAUAUCUUCGAGCUCUGCCUUCGACUCAAGGGCAAUUAUCUCUGGCCGGCUAUGUGGGGCAAGAUGUUCUAUGUCGAUGAUGUCGAUAAUGGGCAGCUGGCGCAUGAAUACGGGAUCAUCAUGGGCACGAGCCACCACGAGCCGAUGGCCCGGUCCGAGCAGGAGCAAAAGACUUACCUGGAUGGAGAGUGGAACUGGAACGAGAACCAGGCAAACAUCACGACCUUCUUCCAGCAGGGAAUUGACAGGGCCAAGCACUGGGACACAAUAUGGACCAUGGGAAUGCGCGGAGAAGGGGAUGUCGCAUCACCUACCUUGACAGCAGCCGACCUUGAAGAGUUGAUUCAUGCGCAGCAGAAGUUAUUAGUGGAAUCAUUCAACGCUAGUGAUCCCGCUAGCAUUCCUCAGACCUGGGUGCUAUACAAGGAGGUCAGUGAUUACUAUGCGGCAGGAAUGGAGGUGCCAGAAUCUGUUACCCUUCUUUGGACCGAUGACAAUUCGGGCAAUCUCAUCCGUGUGCCCAUUGCCAAUGAGACUUCUCGGGUAGCAGGCGCAGGCGUGUACUAUCAUUUUGACUACGUCGGCAGUCCACGGAGCUACAAGUGGAUCAACUCAAUCCAGCUGGUCAAGACAUGGGAGCAGAUGCAUCUAGCCUACCAGAAAAGCGCCCGGCAAAUAUGGAUUGCGAAUGUCGGAGACAUCAAGGGGCUCGAGGUGCCAUUGACGCACUUUAUGGAUAUGGCGUAUGAUAUGGAUCGCUUUACCAGUACGGAUUCUACCACAAAAUGGCUGAAGCGCUGGGCUGCCCGGGAGUUCAACGAACGGAUUGCCGACCGUACUGCCGAUAUUCUCAAUCAUUAUGGAACACUUGUUGCGCGCCGCAAGUACGAGCUCCUCAGCCAGUUGCCAUUUGCAUUCAGCACGAUCUACUACGACGAAGCAGAGGCCAACCUGGCCCAAUGGGAGAGUCUACUGGCCCAGACGCAGAGUGUUUACAGUUCUCUUGACCAGGCAACCCGAACUCCCUUUUUCGAAAUGUUUUUGCACCCGGUGCUGGCCGGAAAGACCGUUGUGGAUCUUUACACGAAGACCGCAUUCAACGCACUAUACCACCAGCAAGGCCGGAUCAGCACAAACCGCCUUGCCCAAAAAGUGCAUGAUUUGUUUACUGAAGAUUCCGCAAUCACGGAGCGAUAUCACGGUGUCAAAGGAGGCAAAUGGAGGCCGGUCAUGGAUCAGGUUCACAUUGGCUACAGUUCAUGGGACGACCCCGUGGACAACACUAACGUCAUGCCAGCUUUGAGCUAUAUAGCAGCACCCCAGGGUGCUGGGGGCAUCGGAAUCGCUGUACAGGGCAGUGCAGCAUCCUACCCAGAGCAGAAAACAUUACGCCUCCUCUCCAUGGACCCUUACAUGCCUCCGUCAGAGUCGCGGUAUAUUGAUAUAUUCGCUCGCAAAAACACCACAGUCACGUACUCCAUUUCCUCCAACACCUCCUAUGUCACGGUCUCAAACGCAAGUGGGUCAGUAUCGGCAUCUAGUAAUAUCUCCGACGUGCGCAGCACCAUUACGGUUGAUUGGGCUUCUGCAGAGCCGGGCUUAUCACACACCGAACUGCAAGUGCGAGCGGGUGAUGGGUUUACCGCCGCCCUCGUACUUCCUGUCAACAACACCUUCGUCCCUACAAACUUUACCGGUUUUGUCGAGUCGAAUGGCGUCAUCUCCAUCGAAGCAAGCCACUAUACCAGUGCCGAGACGAAAAGCAACGUCUCGUAUGUCGAGAUCCCGCAUUACGGACGCACCCUCUCUGCCGUCAUGCCCUGGCCGGUGACGAUGGGGACGCAACAUCCCAACACCGGGCCUGCGUUGCGAUACUCCCUGUACACUACGACCGCGUCGCCCAGCGCAAGGCUCAUCAUUAGUCUCGGUGCCUCGCAUAACCAUGACCCCACGCGGUUGAUCAAAUUUGCCUAUUCACUGGACGGAUCGGUGCCCGUUACCGUCCGCCCGGUGUCUACUGUGCCGCCCUACAAGGAAGGCCAGGCCUGGCAGCAGGCGGUGAUCGAAAACGGCUGGACAUCGGUGAUCGAGCUCCCUGGUGAGGUUGGGACGGGCGAGCAUGAGUUGUCACUGUGGCUUCUUGAGCCAGGUGUGGUCUUGCAAAAGAUUGUUUUGGACAUGGGGGGUUAUCAGGACUCGGCGCUGGGCUCGCCUGAGAGAGCUGUGGUAACUGAAGCUGAUGUUCUGCGUGCAGAGGUGGUGGAGGAGGGAAGUGAUAUAUCCCCUUUGUCUAGGGUUUGGAGAUUACCGUCAUCACAUGAUUUGUAA